AUAGACGCAUCAGGUGCGCGCUCAGGAAGACUUGACUCCACGCAUUACACGACACACUUUAAGUGGAAGAUUUAUUUUUUUAAUGUAACUCUUAGGAAUACGUAAAAGGAGUUCGGAAAUCUUCGGCGCCUUUGACCGCGUCGAACUAUGAAGACGUCCUAAUUGACACCGCGGGCGCUUCUCCAGAUUCGUCCGAAGUCAAUCAUGGAUUUAACGGAGGAGUCGCUUUGGCUGGUGGGAGAGCCGUGGAACUUCAGCCGAGCGGAGGAGGACGGGAAACUUUUACUGGGCAUCGGCACGGAUAAUGUGGUCACGCUGCUGGUGUUCGCGCUCAUCUUCGUGCUCGGCGUGCUGGGGAACUCCGUGGUCAUCACCGUGCUGGCCAGGAGCAAACCGGGGAAACCGCGCAGCACCACCAACAUCUUCAUCCUCAACCUCAGCAUUGCGGACUUGUCCUACCUCGUCUUCUGCAUCCCCUUCCAGUCCACCAUCUACAUGAUGCCCACCUGGGUCCUCGGCGCCUUCAUAUGCAAGUUCAUCCACUACUUCUUCACCGUGUCCAUGCUGGUCAGCAUCUUCACGCUGUCGGCCAUGUCCGUGGACAGGUACGUGGCCAUCGUCCACUCCAGGAAGUCGUCCACCAUCAGGGUGGCCAAGCACGCCUUCGUUGGCGUGGUGGUCAUCUGGCUGCUGUCUCUGGCCAUGGCGGCGCCCAUCAUGUACUACCAGAACAUCUUCCACGGCGGGGGAAAUCUGACAUUUUGCUGGGAAGUGUGGCCGGAUCAGAACCAGAAGAAAGUCUACGUGGUUUGCACCUUUGUUUUUGGCUAUGUGCUGCCCCUGCUGCUCAUCUCCUUCUGCUACUCCAAGGUUUUAAAUCAUUUGCACAAAAAGCUAAGAAAUAUGUCCAAAAAGUCUGAGGCAUCAAAGAAAAAGACUGCCCAGACCGUGCUGGUGGUGGUGGUGGUCUUCUGCCUGUCAUGGCUGCCUCACCAUGUGGUCCACCUGUGGGCAGAGUUUGGCACCUUCCCCCUGAACCAGGCCUCCUUCGUGUUACGCGUGGCGGCCCACUGCCUGGCCUACAGCAACUCGUCCGUCAACCCGGUCAUCUACGCCUUCCUGUCCGAGAACUUCAGGAAGGCGUACAAGCAGGUCUUCAAAUGCCAGAUUGGAGCGGAAGACCCGCCGCUCAAUGAGAUGCGGGAGAUGCGGAAUAAGGUGGACACACCGCCUUCAACGAACUGCACCAAUGUUUGACCGUCAAGGUGGGGGAUGGGUGCUAGAAUAACACAAUAGUGAUAUUGUGAACAGUAUUUCACAAAAGUGAGUACAUCCCUCACAUUUCUGCGACCAUGUUCAUUUCUAUAUAUCUUCUUAAUGAAGAAUAUUAUAGAUUUUUGAGUAGUCAAUGUACAGCUUGACUUACUCCAUCAGUCCCUCCAGGAUUUUGCAGCUUUUUUUAACGAUUGUCGCGGCCUUGCAUGGCUGAAUUUGCGACAGCUUUUUCAGAAGGUUGCAGAAAACGUUUUUUUUUUGUGGCAUUUAAAAAAAAUAGCUCUGGUAGCUGAUUUAAAACAAAAACUGCUCGAACGAGGCGAGAUUCCCCCGUACUGUGCUGUGUCGUCAGGUCCUCCAUUGUAAACAAACAUGGCAUUGAUCGCUUGGGACUUCUUCACUGUUUCAGAGGAAGACGUUUCGUGUGCUAUUUGCAAAAAAAUGUUCUACAAACAUUCCGUGAGGAGAAAAUAAAAGAAGCAUUACGCUUCAACACAUCAAACCCUAUCAGUCGGCAUUGCUACGGUGGUGUUUUAAAAACCUUCCACUGCUGCUAGAGAAGAUGCCACAAAGCUAGCUGUAAAUAAAGUGUACAUAAACUACAGUUAAUCCAAAUUUAAAAAAAAUAAUAUAUAAGUUACUGGUAUCAUAAGAAGCAGGAAGUGAUCUGUCCUGGUAUUGACUUGUUUUUAGCACACAUUUGCCCUUUUAUUCCUCUUUUUUUAAGUAAUAGUAUUUUUUAAAUGUGUCGCAGGCCAUUAAAAUAUUUUCCCCUAUGUCGCACUUUGGACACCCCUGCUAAUACCAACAUAAUGUAAGUUCAACAAUGUAUGUCACACUUUGUGAACAAAACAUCCACAUCUUAGCUUGGUGUAAUAUAUAAUCUAAACCACUUGAGCUAAUUCAUUAACAAUGAUUCUUUACAAAUUUUAUUAAUCCGUCAACUAAGUCAUUUUUGAGGGCUUUAGCACACUUGAAAAGUGUUAUCUUGCAAGAAAAGUGCACACAUGACAGGACGCACGCAAAUCAUCAAAUGCCAUGGACAAUAAGCCACACAGGUCGUCGGCCAUUUUGGUCCUUAAAUUCCAUUUUUGCGAAGAUUUGGGUGAGUCGCAUUUCUUUUUUUUCUUUUUUUUUAAUGUAAUUUUUAAUCCGGUAUUUGUUUAUUUUUUCAUUCGAAUGCGUCGCAGUUCUAAUAAAAAUGGCCCCCAGGCCGCACUUUGGACACCCCUGCUUUAGGUGCACUUUGUAACCUUGAACAUAAAAAACACAUGAUUGCAACAAAUGUAACACAACUCUGUACAAGAGAUGACAAAUGUGUGCAUAGUUUACAAAACAAAAACAUUUAUUGAUUAGGGCUGUAAAUCUUUGGGCACCACACAAUUCGAUUUGAUUCUUGGGGGUAACGAUUCCAUUCAGAAUCGAUUCUCGAUUCAAAAUCAAUACUUUUUUAAUAACAUUGGGUGCCAGUUCUAUGAAUAACUACAUUCCUCCAUAAAAUAGAUAAACAGCUGUGAUACAUUUUUAUAUUACUUAAAAUUAAUUCUUCCCAAAUAUUUACUAAAUUCAAAUUCAAACAAGGCAAGAAGAUAAGUAUCCCAAAUGUCUCUUUGGUAAAAUAAAUCUGCACAGCAGAUAUGGGCAUCUACAUCAACAAUAGGAUUUGUCCGAGUGUCUGGACAGGACAAAUUUAAAAUAAAUACAUAAAUAAAAAUAAAAAUCUAUAUUUUAAAAAUCAAUUUUUUUUAAUGAUUAAGAAUUUUUCAAAUAGGAAUCGCGACACCUCUAGUAUUGAUGUUUCACUUGUUUUAUUGACAUGUUCUCUGAGUUCAUUGUCAAAUUACUGUACUGUUAAUAAUAAAGGUAAAAUGGUAAAUGGGUUAUACUUGUAUAGCGCUUUUCUACCUUUUUUUUUAAGGAACUCAAAGCACUUAGACACUAUUUCCACAUUCUCUUAUUGUCUGCUCUAUCGACCACAAUCUGUAGGCAUUCUCCGCGAUUGUUUUACAGUUGAAAAGUGUUCAUCUUAAUUAUGAAUUUAUGUUGCCACUACGUCUUUUAAAGUUAACGCUUUGACUCAUAACAAAACACCGCAUGAAUCAUGUAUAAACGCAGAUUAAUCGCCCAAUUCAUUUUCAGCGCAUGUGCUUACAGUCUUUUUGUCAAAAUAUUGUGGUCUUCUUUAAAGUUUAUUUAAAUUAUGCUCGCAAGUAAGAAAGUAAUGAAGUCCACGCCUGAGGGUUACGGCAGUAUGACACAUAUACACUUGUGUUGCCAGCUCAUUAGAUAAUAAUGGUUGUUUAUCCAAGUAUAUCUUUAGUGUUGUCCCUUGAUGAAUAAUAAUACAAAGGGUUGCUAUGAGGGUUGUACUUAUUUUUGUGAGAUGCUGUACAAUAGCAGCACAGAAAUGUAAAUAUUCCUUUUUCCACGUAAGCGCUGUUCAUUGUGAUGAUAAUUGCACAAGUGGUUUGUGUGUCUUGUUGCCUUCAGUGAGUGAAAUAAUCCUCUACUGGGUCAAUGACUUGAUAGUUGAGGAAUAGGAAAAAUCACAAAGUUAUAUGUGAAUGUAUGGUUAGCCAAAUAAGAACAUUUUUAUGUGUAAAUUGUCAAUUGUCAUUUCUGAUUGGCUGAAGCAGACCAACCAAUCAGAGUACUGCCAAUCAUUGAUACUUGUGGCUUAUGAUACUAAA